AUGGCGACAUGGGCUUAUCCACCGCUCCCUCCGGCGCAGAUCGAACAGGAGGCCGAUAGCGCAUUGGACAGAGAGUUAGAAUGGCUAUUGCGAGCUCUGCAAGAUUCCCUUACAUCGCUGCGAGAAGGCCUACAGGAUUGCGCCUCCUUGUUAGCCCCCAAAGAACCGGGGUCAACUCUGGUCAUUUCGUCCGUACGAUCGGAAAAUGUAAAAGGGUUUGUGACAAGGGUUGGGACCAAGAUCGUGAAAGGUGAUAUCCAACUUCGCCUGAGCUCCCUAGCCUCUGCUCGGGGUUCUACUACUCGCCUAUGCCUGUCAAAUGCGCCUACCGCCCCGGAGCUCGUGCUCGAUCAACUAGUCUCGGUGCGAAAUCUGGUCAACCAGAGUUUGGAUGUAGUGGAUGUUAGCGCUUGGACGGGCGACCCUCUCAAUCCCAGCUUCAUCUUCGGUCAAUUACGCCUUUUGCAUGAAACCAUCUCCGAGGCGCGGCAGAUGUUGAAAGGGGAGAGCGAGCACACCAAAAGUGAUUGGUGUAAUGGGAGCGCACCAGAAGAUAUGUUUGACCCCCCGUUACCGUCGUAUCUCUCGUUCCACCUCGCUAUCGUGGACUCCGCACUUGUCCUGUGCCUGAGAACGCUGGAGUCCACCUCCCCCACCCACACGGCCUCCGCCUUCGCGACAGACAUCUCUCUAACCGGGUUCAACAUCCGAGACCGCUUGUUUGGCUCUCGAAAUCGCACUCACGACGAGGCUGGGGAAUUCUUCGCCUGGAAAGGUGACGAAGUCAGAGUCAGAGAGAGGAUUCGUAUCGAGAGUCAGGACCCCAGUCUGAUGGCUGUGAUGGCCAAGUUAACUGCCUUGGAGCACGAAGUCAUGAAAUGGACGACCGCUCUUAAAGUGCUGAUGGGGAAUGAAGACACGGACAGCGACGAACAGCCACUCGACCGUUGGACUGGGCGAUGGAAGAUUGGAGCGAGAUCCUUGUCUACGGACGCGCCUGCGGAGGUGGAAUCCCGUCCGGAUCGGAAAGAUGCUAUCUACGCCUUGAUCGACCAGAUCAAUAGCAAUGAGGUUGUACUGGCGGAGAUGAUGGAUGAGUUGGAUUUAUUGGAUGACUUCAGCGGGGUUCUCAACCUCGAAGGCCCCGAACUUGACGACGUGUUCAGCCAGACAAUCGGCCACCGAGACGAACAGACACUGGAAGCGCGGGUACAGGUUGCGCGACAAGAUUUUGGAGAUUUUCUCCCGGAAGGUCACCUGAAUGCCAGAGAGAUUCAGCUCUAUACUCGAUUAUAUGGCGAGCCGAUUAUACGCGAACAAGAAACAGAGUUGGAGCUCCUAGAGGUGGAAGAGAGCCCCGAUAAACUCUUCCGGGAGGAUGGCCAAGGAGGAUGGGAAGAAAUUGAGAUGGAGGAGGAGUCUGUGCUUGAGGAAGAGGCUCCGGUGGUAUACGAUAUGGAUUUUCCGCCGCCGGCGGACGAAACUGCCGCUAUGCAACGGACCAGGGAAGUGGCCGAGCAGCUAGGUGGGCAUGUUAUGCUGGAGGAGUUCCAGGACGAAGCAGUCCCCGACGCCACCCCACGGCUGCAUCCACUGACAGCGGAAGGGAAGUUCUCUCCGGAUCCAAGCACGGUAUUCCCGCCCAAAGAGUCGAUGACUGGGCCGAUCUCCAUCAUUCUGUCGGAAUUCUCCAACAAGCACAUUGCGGAUGUCGCCCAUCGUACAUUCGGCGGCCCCCGACUUCCGAAUUCUACCGCAACCCUUCCUGCGCGGGCCCAGCUCCCCCAGCUCCCGAUUGCGCUGGAUGCGACCCAGCGUUACAUGGGUGAGAUGGAAGCCAAUGUCUAUCUCGCUACCCUGUACCCCGGAAUGUAUGCGUCCAUUCUAAGCACUCUCGUCGAGGUUCGGAAGCGCUUGGGCUCGGAAUGGAUCCGCCGUCUGAUGUCGCAAGAAGGCGGUCCGAAUGUUCUGGACGCCAGUGCCGGCGGUGCCGGUAUCUUAGCGUGGAGGGAUGUCCUUCGCGCGGAGUGGGAGCUGAUGGUUCCAGACCAUCCCCCAUCCAACCCUAUCCCAGUGGGCAGAUCGACUGUGGUCACUGGUUCCGACUCUCUCCGGAUGCGCGCCAGUGCGAUGCUAGAAAACACAACCUUCCUCCCACGGCUGCCUGACUAUGUUAACACCCGCGGGAAGCCGACGUUAGAAGACGAGCGAGCCCCGAAAAGGAAACAGUUCGACAUCAUCGUGGCGCCGCAUUCGAUCAUGGGCAUCGAGGAGGAGUACGUGCGGAAGCAACACGUCGAAAACCUCUGGAACCUCCUUAACCCCAACGGCGGUGUUCUGAUCCUCCUGGAAAAGGGACAUCAGAAAGGCUUCGAGGCCGUCGCCGGUGCCCGCGAGAUGCUACUCAAGCGACACAUCGCUAGUCCUGGGUCGACGCGGUACGAGGAUCUCACCGAAUCGCCCGGAGAGCAGACGCAUGUGGACAAAGAGCCCGGCAUGAUCAUCGCCCCCUGCACCAACCAUUCCAAAUGCCCAAUGUUCCACAUGUCCGGCCACGCCAAGGGCCGCCAGGACUUCUGCCACUUCGAACAACGAUACAUCCGACCGGACUUCCUCCAGCGCAUCAUCGGCGCCAAGGACCGCAACCACGAAGACGUCAAAUUCAGCUACCUCGCCGUCCAGCGCGGCGUGGACCUCCGCGAGGUGAAAGGCAUCGUCCAAGGCCCCCAAGCCACCGAGGCCGCCUUCGAAGGCUACGAGACCCCCACGACCUCACCGAACGAGAACGAGCGCGAAGGACUCGAGAAGGGCCAGGAAUUCAACACGCUGUCCCUCCCGCGUCUCGUCUACCCGCCCAUGAAACGCCGCGGACACGUCACCUUCGACGUGUGCACACCGGCCGCGAAGAUCGAGCGCUGGACCGUCCCCCGCUCUUUCAGCCGCCGCGCCUACAAGGAUGCCCGCAAGUCCCAGUGGGGCGAUCUGUGGGCGUUGGGCGCGAAGACGCGCAUCCCCCGCUCCUUGAGACUGGGCGAUAAGCGCGGAGAAGGCAAAAAGGAGCGCCUGGCGCGACGCGCGGCUGAGCAAGCGGAGAUGAACGGGUUGGAAGAGACGGAAGAGGGAGCGGACGUGCCCGUGCUGGAUAAAACGUCCCCUGCCUGGGCUGAUCCUGAGCCUCCGCGGAAGAAGAAGGGGCAGAAAGUCGCUCCCUGGAAGAAGCAGGCGGAACACAGGAGUUAUAGGAAGGCUUUGAGGAAUAAUGCCCGGAAGCAUCUCGCUGAGUCUGAGUCGGGUUGA